CAUGUGUCUAUUGGCCACUUGGAUGUAUUCUUUGCAGAAAUGUCUGUUCAUGUCUUCUGCCCACAAGAAGGGUAUUAUUCUAGUUCUAAACCCAGACCCACUGAUUUUAAAUGAUUUCACCUAAGGUCCCAGGUGUAAAAAGGAGGGAGAUAUAGAUACAGAGCCUUCCUAUUUUCAUAUGUCAGGUGUGAUGCUAGAUGUAGCAGAAGGAUGGAUGAGUUCUUCUUGCCACAGAAUUUUGAUAGAGACCUGAACACUAGAAUGCUCUCACUAGUUGGUGAAAAACACACAUCUUAAAGCAAUAUGCUAGACCAUCUAGACAGGACCUGCUAAGAUAUUCUAAACUAGGUUAGGCCAGUAUGAGUGAUUAUGUCCUUGAAGACUAGAGUUCAAGAAGGAUUUAUUUCGUUGUGGACACAUGUCCCUUCUUCCUCAGGUGAGAGGUGUUUUAAGGAAAUCAGAGAGAUUAAUAUGUGUAUCCUGGAACUCAGAGGGCAUAUGGUCCAGGUGUCUGACUCUUGUGAAACAGCAAGGCCCACCUGCCGCAGGAUUCCCUGCCUAAGGCAGCACCCAGCUGGGAAGGUGAGAAACUUAAAUCUCAUACAGUUAGCAAUUUUGAUGAUUUCACUGGACUGGAAAAUUUCAUAACUAAAAUGAGAUCCUUCUCAAGAUUGUGGGGCCUAGAAAAGUUAAGGGACUCAUUGAAAAUUCCCAUUAAGUGAAAGGGAAGAACCAGCCAUCCAUGUGGGAUGGAAGAGGCAGCUGGAUUAAAAAUGAAGUUGCUUCAUGACUGCAUCCUACUGAUGGAAAGGAUCGACUCAGUAAGAGGGUUCCAUGAACACCGACCGCCUCAUUUCAUCCUCUGGACAACUCUUCAGGCUAGCACUCCAAGUGGCCACGUUGUGUAAAUGAGGACACUAAGGCCAGGUGACGCUCGAUCACUUGUUCAAAGUCAAACAGCAAAUUUGGAUAUCAGAAACACAUGAAAAAAUGGCACAAGUUUAUUUAAACAGAGAAUUGGAUAAAAUAAAGAGGAAGCCUUUAUUGAAUGACGAGACAAUGAGCUCUGGGAUUAUUGAAAGGGACACUGGACUACCUGCCACAGGCUUCGGAGCUCUCUUUACUAGACACCCACCAGAUCGGCAUAAAAUGUAUGCCUUGACAACAUACGCUGAGGAAUAUGCUGCACCGUACGAUUAUGAGCCACUCGAUUAUCCUUGUCAAGAUGAUUAUUCAAUAGUCCACAGAAAAUGCCGUUCUCAGUUCACUGAUCUUGAUGGUUCCAAAAGAUUUGGCAUCAACACUUGGCAUGACGAGAGUGGGAUUUAUGCUAAUUCAUGUGUAAAACGAAAACUCUACCCAUUAACUGGUGGUCCUAUUAUCCCUUUUUUAAAAUAAUCUAUGGAAUCAGAUUCUCUAACUAAUGAAAGGGUAAUGGAAAUAACAGUUGAUUUUUCUAUCCUAAUAAAUGCAAUGGAAAUGUUACUGUGUUAGGUUCCUUUAAAAGCAAAAUCUUAUAUAUUCUAGGCCAACAUAUUAUAUAUCCUUUUCAUUAGCUGCUCUGGUAUUUUCCAAAAUUUAGUAUGUAUACCACUGAGGGUAUACAACUCAAUUCUUGAUGGUACUUGGUGGAAUUUUUCUUUAUUUAUAGACUAUGUGUUUAUUUCAAAUUUUAUUAGGAAAAAGUACAUAAAGCUAGGACAAUCCAGCUUAUAAUCGUUGAGGAUAUGACUAAUAUUAAAAAAACCCAGCUACCUUAAGUUCCAUUUUUAAGUGAAUAAAAAUAUAGGUGGUGCUCAGAUUUGACAUGAAACCCAAAUGACUGAAGUUUGGGCAAUCCUGGCCCUAUGGCGAUGUUGGGAGGUGGGGUGGGGGAGAUGUGGCGGAGUGGGGGAUGUGCCUAUUUGUAGACGUUGAUUUAUCUGUAGUAGCCAACUGCAGCAUGGAGUGUUUAUUCAGCAUAGUGUUUUUCCUUACUUAUGAUAAUACUUUCUGAGUCUUUAGAUAGGAGAGAUGGAGGCAGAAUCCUAGUGAAACAUUAGGGUUUGAUGGGAAAAUCCGUCGUCCGAUGUUAGAUUUAGAAGAAAUCUGAGCAGUAGUUUGGACUCACCAUCCAUGGUACAGAUGAGCAAACAGAAACCCGCAGAUGUUUAAGUAGGUUUUCCUCUUAUGUAAAUAGUAGACUCUAGGUGAUCUUUGAAGUGUAUUUGACCUUUCAUGACCUUUUAUUUCCUUUUUUUUUUUUUAAAGAUUUAUUGAUUGAUUUGAGGGCAGCAGGGUGGGGCAGUGAGAGAGAGAGAGAAAAUCCCAAGCAGACUCCAUGUUCUUGCAGGGCUCGAUCCCAUGACCCUGCGAGCAUGACCUCAGUCAAACCAAGAUCAGAUGGUCAACUAGCUGAGCCACCCAGGCGCCCCAGACCUCUCAUUUCUUUUGAGGAUAGGUUUAAUUAUUUGGUCAGCCUAUGCUUAGACUUACUCUCAUUAUUUUUCUUUAAAAACUAAGUUCAUGAAAUAGCAUUUCAUGAUAAAUGCUAAUUUAGCAUUGCCUCCAACUCCAGCAAAAGAUGGUAAAGACCAUAAGCCUUAUGAGCGGAGAAAUGAUAAUUAAUAAAGAUAAUGUGGAUAUACCAGGUAAGCAUUCACCAGCAGAAUUUGACUAUAAUUUCUUCCUGCUUUAAAUUUUAUGUCUGCGCACACACACACACACACACACACAUAUAAAAACUAUAU